AGUGAAGGAAACGUUCCGGUAAGAGUAAGUAGGCGUACGAUUUCAUUUUAUUUUUCACAAGUUUUUUCUUCUUUUCUUUCCUUCUGUUUACAAACACAAAUACAGAUACAUGAGAUCGAUCAUGGCUGCGAUCGAGUGUUGGCUGAGCUGGCCGGCUGAGACCUCAUUGUACCCAAAACCACCAUACUGUACUGUAGACAGAUGCAGAUUUGGGGUUUGUGGUUUGGACGGAACGAACGAAAGAAAAAAAAUAAAGGAAAAAGAAAACGCUCCUUUGUCAGCAUUAGCCGCGAUGGAUGAGAUAACAUCAGUCGAUCAAGCAAGGGAAGCAGGCCGAGUGGCUUGGCCUCCAUCGCAAAUCGUGGCAACUGGCAAAUGAGAGAUUGUUCCCUUGUAUUUCGUUGGUCGUCCAUGCCACCGGGAUUCAAAUCAUCUCGACCUUCACAAGCGAGCAAUUACAUUACCUACCAUACGCCACAGCAGGCGGCCCGGAAGAGAAAGAAGCGAGAGCUUUUUGCUAGGCCAGUCAGUCAAGCCAGCCAGCCUAUUCUGUUAGGAGUGAUCCAAUCGUCAAGGUUCAAACUGCCCAUGUGCAAGAGGACUUUUCGAUUCCAUCUGGGCAUCCAAGUCCCUGCAUGGGGUUGGUAGCAACUACCUUUACUUUAAAUGCGUUGGUUUUUUUGUUCAUGCAAGCAAGAUUGGACCACUCUGAUUUUUAUUUUAUUUUGCCUAUCUUUAUCAUUUAUCCCUUGUCUUACCUCACUUACCCUCUCUCUUGUUGAUCGUGCCGCACCCACGCGCACCCGGGCACAACCCCUCAGAUCAGAACGAUCAAGCCAACCUCAAUUGAGAAAGAGCUGAGCCCUCAAAUAACCUACCCCCCACAAACUUCAAGCCAAGGCGCCAUCCAGCCCACAACCCCGGGAUGUCCAAUCCUACAUCAUCAUCAUCACUUGGUUACCGCUUGACGAACCAGGACACUGUGUUCUAAGCCUAUCGCCUGGCUUUCAAUCCGCCUCACGUCUUUAUCAGGAACCAACUUGCGUUACCACCACCCACUCAGUCCCUGGUCAAAGCCCCCCGUAUUGUAACACUAUUCAGACACAUAUCAUCAAAGAAAGGAAGAACAAUAAAUACAAAGACCUGGAAAAGCAACAUGUCUUUCCGACCACGGCGCUCAGCCGCCCAGAGGGCCACGGCAGCAAUCACUAACAUUGCCGACAGAGACGCCUCAACAUCCUCGCGGUCGCGGGGACGUAACAGGGACCAGUCCAUGGACCGACCAUCAUCAUCCGCUUCGGCGGACUCUCACCAUGUGCCAGUCACCGUCAAGGUGCCCGGCUCUAAGCUGCGGCAGGCCACUAACGAGACUACCUCUCGGUCCCAGGCUGCCAGGACCAGCGGCCGGGAUUCAAAUGACCGUGGCAAGCGGGCUUCUAGAGGCGGUAAGAAGCGCUAUGUCGAGUCAGAGGAUAGUGAGGAGGAAGAGGAAGAUGUGAUCCGGGUCGGGGAUCAGGAUGCCGAUGGCGAGGACGACGAUAUGGAUGUUGAUGCCGAGGGAGAAGAGGACGACGAUAUGGACGUAGAUGCAGAGGGAGAGGAGGAUGAAGAUGCCGAUGGCGAUAUUGAUAUGGACGCCUCAGCGCCUGCCAUCAAAGUUCGAAAGGCACCGCAAUCGAAACCGACGCAAAAACAGGCACGGAAACCGCCAGCUCCUAAGAGAUCCGCGGCCGCCGAAGAGGACGAUGAUGAAGAUGACGACGACGAGCUCAGUGAACUGGACAGCGACGCUGGAGAUAUGGACCAGACAGUAAUGACGACAGGUGGAGAUGACCUUGGCGAUGAGGACGCCGAGGGUGAGGAGGACAUUGAUGCUGAGGGUGAAGAGAUCGAGGUCGCUGGGGAAGAAGAGGAAGAAGACGACGAUGAUGACGAAGACGACGAGACUGGAAGCAGGGAGGAGACGCCCGAUUUGACAAAGAUGACCAAGCGUCAGCAGGCGAGAUUUAAGGAUGAGGCGGCAGAUUACAUGGAGCUCUCCAACGAGGUGCAAGCCAAGAGGACAUUCACGGCGGAGGAAUUGAGCAUGAGGCGUGCGGAGAUGGCACGUCGACGGCGCAAUCUUAGCGAGAAGCGUAACGAGGAAGUCAAGAUGGAGACUAUCAACAAGCUGCUCAAGAAGCAGGUGCGGAAGGACAACAAAAAGGGGGCGGCAGGGGCUAACGGCGACGACACGCUUGCCAAUGAAGGCGGCGGUUCUGCGUCCUCAGCCAACCCCAUGUUUGUGCGCUGGGUCAGCAACAAGAACGGCAGUCGAGUCUCUGUGCCGGCAGAGAUCCUCGAGGGCCCGCUUGGUAGAACAUUCGGCGGUGGCGGGUCAGCAAACGGGAAAGCUGGAAUACCACGCAUGAUGGUUGAGGAAGUCUCAUGAAUUUCGCCGCGGUGGCAAGAGUUGCGCCUUGGAAUAUGAUAGUAGUAGGCUAGAAGAAAUGAAGAGGUUCCUCGGGUAAUUAUUAGGGUAGGCAAUGUAUGGCUCUUCUUCACU